CGGUCUUGUUCCUCGGAACAUGACCAAGAGGAACCUGCACAUUCAGGUGGCCGCUGCAGCCACAAUAGCCACUAUGGGGAAGGCUGCUGGCGGGGAAGAGCUCGCGGAACUCUUCAAUCUGAUUCCGGACCUUUUGCAGGCAGCCAACGCGAGUGGCAACGCGUCGCUGCCGCUCCAGGAUUUGUGGUGGGAGUUAGGGCGAGAGUUGCCUGACGGAGCUGCGCCCGGGCAUCCCGCGGGCAGCGGCGGGGCAGACCGUGCGGACACCGAGGCCCGGGUGCGGAUCUUCAUCAGCGUGGUGUAUUGGGUGGUUUGCGCGUUGGGGCUGGCGGGCAACCUGCUGGUGCUCUACCUAAUGAAGAGCAAGCAGGGCUGGCGCAAAUCUUCCAUCAACCUCUUCGUCACCAACUUGGCACUGACGGACUUUCAGUUUGUGCUCACCCUACCCUUCUGGGCGGUGGAGAACGCUCUCGACUUCAAAUGGCCCUUUGGCAAGGCCAUGUGUAAGAUCGUAUCCGUAGUGACCUCCAUGAACAUGUACGCCAGCGUCUUCUUCCUCACCUCCAUGAGCGUGGCGCGCUACCACUCGGUGGCCUCGGCUCUGAAGAGCCAUCGCAGCCGAGGGCACGGCCGGGGCGACUGCUGCUGCCAGAGCCUGCGGGACAGCUGCUGCUUCUCGGCCAAGGUUCUGUGCUUGCUGAUCUGGGCUUCCGCCGCGCUGGCCUCUCUGCCCAACGCCUUUUUCUCCACUACGGUCAGGGUGAUGGGCGAGGAGCUGUGCCUGGUGCGCUUCCCGGACAAGUUGCUGGGCGGCGACAGACAGUUCUGGCUGGGCCUCUACAACUUGCAGAAGGUGCUGCUAGGCUUCCUGCUGCCGCUGGGCAUCAUCAGCCUGUGCUAUCUGCUGCUGGUGCGCUUCAUCUCCGACCGCCGGGUGGCAGGGACCCAAGGAGGGGCCCCAGCGGUCGGGGGAGGCCUGGCAGGGGCCAGCGCCCGGAGACGGUCCAAGGUCACCAAAUCAGUAACCAUCGUGGUCCUAUCCUUCUUCCUGUGUUGGCUGCCCAACCAGGCACUCACGACCUGGAGCAUCCUCAUCAAGUUCAACGCGGUGCCAUUCAGCCAAGAGUACUUCCUGUGCCAGGUGUACGCGUUCCCCGUGAGCGUGUGCCUGGCUCACUCCAACAGCUGCCUCAACCCCAUCCUCUACUGCCUUGUGCGCCGCGAGUUCCGCAAGGCGCUCAAGAGCUUGCUCUGGCGCAUCGCGUCGCCUUCGCUCACCAGCCUGCGCCCGUUCACCGCCACCACCAAGCCCGAGCCCGAGGAUCAGGGACUGCAGGCCCUGGCGCCUCUCCGUCCCGCCGCCGCGGAGCCCGACCUGCUCUCCUACCCGCCUGGCGUGGUGGUCUACAGUGGGGGGCGCUACGACCCGCUGCCCAGCAGCUCCGCCUACUGACUCAGGCUGAGGCCUCGGGGGUGCGGUCACCGCAAAGUGG